AUGAAGAAUUUGAUGAAGAAGGAGAAGAAUAGGGAGAAGGUGAAGAAGAAGGCAAAGAAGGCGAAGAAGAAGAAGGUGAUGGCGAAGGAGAAGAAGAAGGUGAAGAAAAAGGAGAAAGAGAAGAAGAAGGUGAAGAAAAAGGAGAAGAAGAUGAAGAAAAAGAAGGCAAAGAAGAUGAUGAAGGAGAAGGCAAAAAAUAAGGAGGAGAAGAAGAAGGUGAAGAAGGAGAUGAAAAAGGUGAUGAAGAAGAAGAAAGCUGAGGAGAAGAAGAAGGAGGUGAAGAAGAACUUGCGGUGA